GCGGCUCUGGGGACCCACCAGGCCAGCCCGGGCCAAUCAGGGCCGCCAGGUUGGUGAUCAAGCGGCGAUUUCUAGCGCACCUCAAUUCACAACGCUCUUCCCCAGACCGAGACUUGUCUCCCAGCAGCGUCCCUUGCCCUCGACUGCAACGACCGCCUUCCCUCUCCACUCCUUGCCCCCAUCCCCGCCCAAGACUCGACCGGGCAUCUCACAUUCAGACCCAAAAUGUCGGGAGCAUUACGGACGUCGGCCUCAAUGGCUCUGAGAGCCAAGCCGACACAAUUCCUCACCCCCUACCGCGUCGCCGCCGCCUCCAUCUCCUCCUCGACAAAGAACAACGCCGCACAGGUCCAGCCCCACGGUGCCUCAUCAUCGCUGCUUAAGCCCCAGCGGAAGGAAGUCCCGCUGCCAAGCCAGCAAGCCCCCAAAGGCGUGGUCCAAUACGCCCUCACGACCCUCGACCAGAUUGUCAACUGGGGCCGGCAGUCAUCCUUCUGGCCCAUGACCUUUGGGCUCGCGUGCUGCGCCGUGGAGAUGAUGCACCUCUCGACCCCGCGGUACGACCAGGACCGCAUGGGCAUCAUCUUUCGUGCCUCCCCGCGCCAGUCCGACGUCAUGAUCGUGGCCGGCACCCUGACCAACAAGAUGGCCCCCGCCCUGCGCCAGGUCUACGACCAGAUGCCCGAGCCCCGCUGGGUCAUCUCCAUGGGCUCGUGCGCCAACGGCGGCGGCUACUACCACUACAGCUACAGCGUCGUCCGCGGCUGCGACCGCGUCGUCCCGGUCGACGUCUACGUCCCCGGCUGCCCUCCCACCUCCGAGGCCCUCAUGUACGGCAUCUUCCAGCUGCAGAGGAAGAUGAGGGAGACCAAGAUCACGAGGAUGUGGUACCGGAAGUAGGUCACAUGCCUGGGGUCUAAGUUGGUAUUGGCGGUGGGCAAAGCUUGGUCGUAGUGGUUGCUAUCAGGCAGGCCAAGCGAAUGAGAGCAAGGGUUUUUUUUUUUGGGGGGGGGGGGGGAAGGUGUUGUCGAGCUGAAAUCUUUCCCAGCCACGGCUGUGGUGGCAUCCAGCAGAGACGACCUAUCUGGGUCGAGGAUGACGCGAUAAACAAAGAACAUACAGCUGACAUAUGUUAUGGCUACAUUGUUUCAUUUGUCUGCCAUGUGAGUUCUGUACACAACCGUGUGAGUGUGGUAGGGGAAGACACAGGAGUGACCACCAAAAUAGAAAUUGAUAAGCAACAUGAUAUCUGCCGUGCAGUGGUCAUCAACUUCUCAGACAAUGUCAUCCUGGAAGUACUGUUUCCUUUGAACCG